UCCUCACUUUCCUGACCCGCCCUGCGGUUCGCCGCGCGCCGCUUCCGUCGUCGGAGUUGUGACGUUUACUGCACGCCGGAAGGAGAACCUGCGAGCGCUUUUAGAACUAUGGCGGCGGUCGAUAUUCGAGAUAAUCUGCUGGGAAUCUCUUGGGUUGACAGUUCCUGGAUCCCCAUUUUGAACAGUGGAAGUGUCCUGGAUUACUUUUCAGAAAGAAGUAAUCCUUUUUACGACAGAACAUGUAAUAAUGAGGUGGUCAAAAUGCAGAGGCUAACAUUAGAACACUUAAAUCAAAUGGUUGGAGUAGAAUACAUCCUUUUACAUGCUCAAGAGCCCAUUCUUUUUAUCAUUCGGAAGCAACAGCGGCAGUCCCCUACCCAAGUUAUACCACUGGCUGAUUACUAUAUCAUUGCUGGAGUGAUUUAUCAAGCCCCAGACUUGGGGUCUGUUAUAAACUCUAGGGUGCUUACUGCAGUGCAUGGCAUUCAGUCAGCUUUUGAUGAAGCUAUGUCCUACUGUCGAUACCAUCCUUCCAAAGGGUAUUGGUGGCAUUUCAAAGAUCACGAAGAGCAAGAUAAAGUCAAACCUAAAGCUAAAAGGAAAGAAGAACCAAGCUCUAUUUUUCAGAGACAACGUGUGGAUGCUUUACUCCUAGACCUACGACAGAAAUUUCCACCCAAAUUUGUGCAGCAAAAGUCUGGAGAAAAGCCUGUCCCAGUGGAUCAGACAAAGAAAGAGGCAGAACCUGUACCAGAAACUGUAAAAUCUGAAGAGAAGGAGACCACAAAGAACGUCCAACAGAUAGUGAGCACCAAAGGACCUCCUGAAAAACGAAUGAGACUUCAGUGAGCAAUGGAGAAGAGAGAAGCUUGCAAGGCUCCUCUUGCCUGUUAUUUAUACCUCAUUGCUGUGACAGGCUCUUGAACUUUGAAAUUCUUUGUCACAGCCCUUCCAUUUGUAUGAAUGUGCUUGUUCUUUAAAAAAGGAUGUAAGGACCCUCAUGCUUUUGAUAUGAAUAUUUUUAAUGUAUGUUUUAUAACCUUUUCCCUAUUCGGCUUGAACAGCCUCCUUACUCAAAUGUAUACUGCUAUAUACAUCCAAAAACAAAAUAAAGAUAUUUAUAUAAAGCACUUACUCAUGACUUUUUCCCUUUAUUUUGUCACUGAAAUGUUUCCGGAUGCACUUUGUAAACAUAAAGAAUUAAUGUGAAAGCAGUAACUGAGCUCAUUUUCUUUUAUUGUGUAUUUCUCAAUAUUAAAAUAAUAAAGUGAUAAUUUGAAAGAUAAAGGGGAAAACCUCCUACAAAUACUGUCACAGUGCUAUGAAGUUUUUUUGUGCGUAUUUUUAAAACUGCAGCUUGUAAUUAUUCUCUUCGUGCAAUUUUACUUUUAUCAUAUUACCGUGUCUUUUGUAAGUACUUCUCCACGUUUGCUUAGUUUUUAUAGACUAUUUAUUUUAGUGACUGAAUAAUUCCCAUGGGUGAUUCUGUUUUCUUUAAACUCUUCUUGUAUUCUGCUUAAAGCUGUAGUGAUUACAUUUGUGUAUAAUGACUUUUCUUUAGGAUAGAGUCCCACCAGUAGAAUCACUGGAAUCUAUACUCUUUCUCUUUUUUGUAUAACUUUAAGUUCAUAUUGUCACACUGUUUUUCUCAAAAGGUUUGGAACCAGUUUUUCAAACAGUAAAGUACGAAAGUACUUCUCCAGAAUCUGGCUACCACUGAAUAUUGUCAUUUUUGUUUUUAGUGCCAAUUAAGUAGCAAAACAUAUGUUUUAAGUGGUUGAAUAAUUCUCAUCUUUGAUUUUGCUUUUAUGAAAUGUCUGAUUUUU